UCCGUUUCCGUACGUUAGUGUAGUCAUGUGUCCAUCUAUUUUGUUUUAACGUAUAUUUAAUUACGAUUGUAUAAUGUUAAUAUUAGGCUUUCGAACUAUGAAAAGUGUACCUAGUGUUAAUUAUGUAAACAAAAUGUCAAAUUAUUAUAAUGGUACGCGUACAGGUUUUGCAAGAUGCAUGAGUAACCAAUGACGGCAGGGCAUCCCUGCGUGGUGGAGGCGGUCGGGGCGAGGGAAGGAGAGAUCAGUUCUCUCACUUCACUACGCUCGACUCUCUCUUACUUCGACUCGAAAGCUGCACUUAGUGAUAGGAUUGGUGGUUGAACGGGUGUGGCCGUCUCAGCAGCGAGGCGGCCGGCCGCAUAGCGGUUAGGCCAGCCAGCCGAUGACCCGGUUCCAAGGGAAGUCCGAGUAAGGUGGGGAGACUCUGUGUUGCACCGACCGACGUGCUUACUUAUUGGUUUAUUCAACUCGUGAUAUAAUCAUAUAGAUUUUUCUAUACUACAUAGGUAUAUGCACUCUUUAAGACUAUAAUAAUAAUUUUAGCAAUACCUAUAUUAAUGCAUUCCUACUCAUUACUAUUUUUAUCAUUGUAGCAUUUGUUUUAUGUACGUUAUUUAAUUAAUUCAAAAUUUAUACCUGAAGGGACUUCUAAAGUAAUUUGUAUUUCAUUGUAUCAUGUUAUCAAAUAUCUAUACUUACCUAAAUAUAUAAGAUACAUGCAAGAAAAUGGAUUGUGUUUUCUAACAUCCAUCUUAUUUACUUUGCCUUAAAGAGAGUUUAAUAAGGUUUGUUUAUAUUUAGUCGUUCGUUUCGGUAGUUAGCGCUACUAUCAAGACGGGUUUCCCGCCCACGCGACUUCAUGGCGCCCAACCGGACACAAUAUUAUAAUACAUUAUGUAGCUGUGGUGCUUAACGCUUCUGGGUGGAUGAUUUUAGUUUUGCGUACUUUGAAUCAGCCUACUAUCUUGUUUUAUUUAAAUAAAUUGGAGUUAAGCGAUUGCUUCAUGAUACACAAAAAAAUACUUAAUAACUAGAUUAUCAAAUCAAAACACUGUUACGAUGAGUAAAUGGAUAUGUGAUUAAUAUACAGAUUGUGUAACAUGGCAUUUGAAUGAUGAUGUUGAGUGAGCAGAGAUCCCCGUGCCGUUCGGUCCAAGGUCGUGGUGUGACGUAUGAGCUCGGCAACAGGCGAGAACGCCAACUAAACAACGCAACAAGUGCCCCGCGCCCGCGCCCCCUCGCUUCGCGUGCCAUUCGCGAAACAGCUGUCAUAGUAUCGUAUUAACUGCCACUUAGUGUGAUGUGUUUAAAAAAUUACAAUGCUUUAUGAUUACAUCUAUAACUCUUUUUUGGUGAGUUAUCUUAACAGAUAUAGAAAUUAAAUAAUAAUGACAAAAAAAUAACCCAAAUAACAACUUUCGAUCAUGAACUUACUAAUUUGACUUCGUGUGCAUAAUAAGUUAUUUGGAUUAGAUUGUUUUUACGCCAGGCGCAUUGCAUUAGCAUUUUAAAAUACUUAUGAAAGGAUAAGUAUUGGCAGGUCAGUAUAUAGCCAGCUUCCUGCAAACUGUUCACAAUUGAGCUACUCGUACUAUCAGCAAAGUGUGUGCGUCAUCGCCUCCGCACUACUGAUAAGCCUCUACCAAUUAUUAUCAUUGCAAAUAAGUAAUAAUGUGAAUAUGUUUAUACUUUCAAAUUAUCGAGAAUGAAUAUAAUACCACGCUCGCUACUUAUUAUUAUUGAAAAGCUUACCGACUAUACAUAUUAUUGAACAUGUAGUGGUCUGUUGUUUUUCUAGGUAACACUUAUAUAAAAUGCUUGAUAGCGGGGUCUUACUGAUAGUAAGUUCAAACGAUAAGUUAAAUAUAGGAAAGUGCCACUUGACGUAAAGACAUCCAUCCAAGACAUGGUUAUAAGGUUUGAAUUGAUUUAAUAUUUACAGAAAAUAAAGUGUAGAUGUUUGAUCUUAGAAUUUAUACUCAUCUUUUCUUUAUUAUCGUAAAAUGUAGAAUGUUAAAAUGACGUUUGUAAGCUAAUAACCGUUCUAGUCGAGCGCAACCGUUACGAAAUCAGUGCGGCAUGAAAAUUACACUGCGUCGCUCGCACUACCGAUAGCUAUGUACAUUGUACUUAUUAUGUAGACAUUACGAUACCCUGACUUAUUUUCAUAGUUUUUGUUGUGAAUUCGGAGUAGCCUAGAUACGUUAGCAAAGAGUCCUCUGUUGCAAUAUUUUAUGCAAAAGAAUCAAAUUUGCAUGCAUACUUAAUACCCGUGUCUACUUCACCGCGAUUAAGUAGAAGAUGGUACUUUAAUUGCGGUGUUAAAGUCCGUGCAUAGAUACGUAUAAAUAGAUUACGAAGAACGACCGAUCCGGUUGCGGUGAAGGAGAGAGAUAGAUAAAACGCGACAUGAAUCACUACUCGCAGGGAGCACAGUCAGAACGGCGCGCGGGUGCUGCGCGGGUGGUGCGGGGGGCGCACGGAACGAAACCAAACGACUCGACUGGUACAAACAGUUGUACAGUCAUCCGCGGCGUGGAACCGUGUAUCUUGUGUUGCGUUACUCAAUUCGGUUGUACUGCCAUAGGCUACACAGCAUUUUCGAAUGGAAAAUAUGUACAUAUUUUGUUAUCUACACCGCGUUAAUUAAUAUUUGUGAUAAAGAAAGUAGCCAGUACCUAUGAAGGCAGGGUGAGACGCGUGUGACGACAUUACAGGUGUGAGUGUGAGUGUGUGUGUAUGCGGCGUGGAUCGUCGCGCAAUUAUUAACGAUGAUUCACUUGCGCGCGGGUGAAAUGCAGCCUAUCGGACUUGUUGACAUUUAUUCUGGAAGCGUAAACAAAUGAUAUGAAGACAACAAUAAUAUAAUGGUUGACUGAUUCAUUGGGCCGCCGCGAUCGAAAAGGCGCGGGCACGAUGCCGCUUACACAGGAAAAACGUCUGGACAAUAACUUCUCCAACAACAAUGACCAGAGCUACCUUCACAAGAAAUUUAAGAAAAUGGCAUCUACUAUUUCUGUAUUUCCGGCCAACAAGGCAGGAGAAAGUGUACACAAAGAGAUAAGUGUACCAAACUGUAACACUUUGAUUUCCAACGGGAGUAUUGCAUCAAGUCACCCAGAAAUAGAAAAGAUAAAAUUAAAACAAAAUCAGCAAAUAUGCGAAGAAGUUGAGAAAAAUGUACAAACUAAUUUUAAUGAUGAAAAUAGUAGAUUAGGUAACGUAAAUAAUAAUGUUCAAGUAUCUGGUCCGACCAGUUUUACAGAUGAAUUUCCAAAUAAGACUGAGAACCUUGAAAACGAUUUUAUCAGGGAAUCCUAUAAUGGUGGAAUAGGUGGACGUUACAUAUGUCCCUACUGUAAGCUAUCCUGUGCCAAGCCUUCAGUGCUACAAAAACAUAUCAGAGCCCACACAAAUGAGAGACCUUAUCCAUGCAUACCAUGUGGUUUCGCUUUUAAAACAAAGUCAAAUUUAUACAAACACCGCAGAUCGCGAACACAUGCGCUGAGAUUACAAGGUUCUGAUAUCUCUAUUAUAAAUGAUGAAGAUUUAUCUGGUGGAUCAGAAAGUGACACGUCCAUGCCGCCAACGCCCGUUUCUGAUUACGGAUCCGACGCAUCGAAUACUCGCCAUGAAAAUUUAAGAAUCAGGGAAUUUUCUUCUCCAGAAUUAACAAACGAUUGCAUGACGCAAACCAAUGCUAACUUUCCCAUGUGUGAUAACAAUAAAUUAAAAUCGAUUUACAAACCAAAAUUCAGAGUUGAUUUUUAUCAAGACAGUGACGACAAAGAUAAAAUAAAAAAGACGAUUUCCCCGAAUGCUGAUUUUCUUACGGAACAUAUCUCUAAAAUUAUAUCAGAUAAUGAAGCUAUUGUAGACGUCAUAGAGACACCUUUACAAAAAAAAUAUGGUAAAAUUAAACAAAUAGCUGAAAGUAAACAAUUUUUAAAUGAAAAUUUGGAUUUAAAAAUAGAUUCGUCUCCUCUAAACUUAACAAAACAAAGUGAUCAGAAUGAAAGUAGUUUUAGGAAAAGAUCACAUUCCGAAAGCUUUUCUCAGAUUGAUCAUCAAAAGCAUCCAUUGAAUCCUGAGGGUUCUAUAAUAAAAGACCUUCUACUUAAAACUAAAGCCAAUGGCUUAACCCCUACAACGGGGGAAUUAGUGGAUGGACCUCUUUUUAUUUGUCCAUUAUGCCAGAUAACAUACAGAAGUGCAGAUAAUUUAGAAAUUCAUAGAAUGUAUUAUUGCAAAGGGAGCCUUGUCACUACAACAAUCAACGUUAGUCAAAGAAAUUCUAAACUUGCAAGACCUGAAAAUAUGUUUGUAAGAAGUAAUUCCAUUAAUGUUCGUUUACCAGAAACGCAACCACAAUUUUCAAAAACGAAUAUUCCUACAAAGUGUACUACUUUGAGGACAAAGCCUGAAAAUCUCAUCAUAAUGAAGUCUGAAUCUAAUGAUAUUGCAGCACCGUUACCAUCGCCAGGGCCAUUACUCGGAAAUACAAGGCUUGUAGAUACAAAAACUUCAAAUGAAAUUUCGAGGAAAAAUGAAAACGCAAAGUUGAAACCGAUGGCUAGCCCGAAAAGAAGGAUCGAUAGUAGAUCUGAUACUUACAGUCCAAGAUUACUAGAAAAUGUUUCUCCACGUUCCAUGGAUAUUUAUCCGCAAUCAAAAAUAAGAUGCAUCGAUGCAAAUACAACAAGAUCACGACCAAUUGAAGAAAUCGCCCCACAUAUGAGACAUAAUUCUACAUCUCUUCAAAUGUUUGGUGGUGAAGUAAAAAUUGUAGAUCAUUCUGGGGGUACUACUACAUUACGUAUAGAACCAAGUAAAAAUCAAUUAUCGCCUAUACUAAUUCAACAAUGCCUGUCGCCUUCAAAACUAGCAAACGACUCUGAAGCAAGUAGCGUUGUGGUUCGGUCGGGCUUACAUUCUGGAGGCACAAUUAUGCAUAACCCUCCAACUCCUAAAGAAGUAUUAGGAACACCACAACCGCCAACGCCUAGAAUUUCUAUAUCAACUGCACCUACCAUAUCUAAUGCAAAUCUUCCAAAUUUACAUGAUAUAACUCAUUUUCAGUUUCCGCCACUAAGUGCUAUUACGGCUUACAAUCCACUAACUUUGCCGCCUCUGAGCCCCUCUUCUUCACCAAAUGGAGCGACUACUAUUUUACAUGGCGGUAAACUCAUACCUCAUGUUCCAGGUAUGCCGGGUCCAAAUACACCUGGUGUUUAUGUUGCAACUUCAAAAACUUUAAUGAUUAGUGAAACAAGUAAAACAUCUCCAAAAUUACUUCAUGAUAAUAAGGGGCCUAAUAACAUAUACUCAAAUAAAACUGUUACAGCCUCUAACUAUGAGAUAUCGCCUAAUAGAAAUUCAAAUUUAAGAUCAUUCCAUUUGGAAAGCGAAAAGCUCAAAAUGCAAGAUCAUACAAAAACUGAUGGUGUACCACAACCACAGUAUAUUUCUGCAGUUCCUAUAAUUAAGGUAAAAAAUGUAGAUGAUACAGACUCAGUUAAAAUAUACCCAUUUAAUACAAACAAGCCACCUAAUACGAUACAAGAAGGAGCUUUCAAAAGAAACUGUGACGGAAUACCGAAGACCUCUACUUUAAAAGAUAAUGCUAAUUUCAUGGUGAACAAGAUUAAAAAUAGAGAGAAAUCACAAUAUUUAUCCAAAUCUAGUAAUCCCGUAAAGCCGGAGCCUGAAAUAAGAAAUUUCAAUUUUGAGAAUUUAAUAACUAAGGCAGAAAUAUACAGUAAUCAAAUUCCUAGUUCAGCGGACGUCCAAAAAAAUACAAAUGCAGAAGAUUCUGCUGGAACUUCCACUCUGAAUGAACGAUCAGAGACCUCUUAUUUCCAAAAAAGUGCUAUCGCAAAAUCUGCCACUGAGGAGAGGAAACCCAAAUUUCUGCGACCAACUACUUUACCUUUAAAACCAGGAACAUUUACACCCAAAAGGCAUCACGGAAUCACACCUAAUGCUAAUACGAUGCCCUUAGUAUCUCCAGAAACGCCUCGACCAGCUAAAGCUUAUGGCCAACUUUAUUUAAAUGGCAAUGCUUACACAUACUUAGGAUUAAAAUGUUCUACCAAAGUAUUUUAUUGCACGAUCAAUCGCCCACAACCGACCUAUGUACCAAACCAGCACUUUUUAUCGAUGUACAGCAACUGGCAGUUGUUGUCUGAGUUAACACCGGACCCGCUUGGGCUGUCUGCAUCAUCUGCCAUGUCCCUCUACGACUCACGUCAUCGACCGCAGUGUACGGCCGUGUCGGUGAUCAAACAGGAUCUCAUACUGACUCAUUCGUCGCAGUGGAAUAAAAAUACUAAAGAUGACAAACAGACCAUACUAUCAGUGGACACCAAAAGAUAUGAUGAAAACAAGCAGAUGACUCCAGAAAAUGUGCCAACAUCAAAAAAGGAAUUAACAGGAGGAUUCGAAAGUAACGAAGAAUAUACGUAUGUGCGGGGUAGAGGCAGAGGCCGCUACGUCUGUUCAGAAUGUGGGAUUCGUUGCAAGAAACCAUCUAUGCUAAAGAAACAUAUUCGAACUCACACGGACGUACGACCCUAUACUUGUGUACACUGUGCCUUCAGACAUUCUUAUUUCAGUUUCAAAACAAAGGGAAAUUUAACUAAGCAUAUGAAAAGUAAAGCUCACUAUAAAAAAUGCUGCGAAUUGGGCAUAAGUCCAAACGAGGGAAAUGACGGCGAAGGUGGUGAGAUGAAUCAAUGUUCCGGAGAAACAGACGAUGAGACUGAUUCUGAAGGCGAUGAAGGAAAUGAAGGCGAAACAGAAUCAAGCGAUACAGAAGCAUACAAGUCUCGACUACCUGAACAUGAAGCUGCCCACUGUUUACUGUCCCUGGGGGGAUCCCGACCGACCACGUCUGCGGCACCGGGUCUUCUGACGAGCGCUCGACCCUCUACAUAUCCAUACGCACCUACGGGGCAGGAAAAUGUGACGUCUGAAUUGUGUCCAGAGAACCACGUAUCGCGAAGCGCAUCAGUGGAUUCGCGAUUAGAUUCGGAAAAUGAGCCCAUGGAUCUUAGUAAAAAUGACGCCAAAAUGCAACCACAUAUAGCUGAGAUUCCUACUGCACGGGAAUCAAGUGUACUAGCUUCGCUGGCAUCGAAUACAGCGAAACUUCCGCAGCCUCAAACACAGUGGUCGAACGGCGAGCCGAUGCUUCAUACUUAUUUGACGGAACGAGCACUUCUGGAUUCUAAAAUAAAACAAAGCCAACUAACGUGCAAUUUAUCUAAAUUGAGGAAAGUCGAUUUAGACAAAUCUUUAUUUGCUGAAAGUAACACAGAAAAUGAUCAGAAACCUAUGCUAACUAGUAAAAACAGCGUGUCUUUAACUGUAUCAUCAUCGAAUAUAGCAACUGUUGCGAAGGUAACAAGUGAAAGUCAAGAUAAACAACAAAUUAUGACAUGUAAAGAAGAAAAUACUAUGACAAAAGAAUCUUCUACUCCUAAUAACAAUAUAAGUGUUGAUACCAAAAGAGUGCAUGUCUCGAGUAACACAAAUGCAGAAAAUGCUAAACACGUAGUAUCGGAAUAUUUGAAACAAGCUAGAAUAAGUCUAAUAAAUUCACAAGAUGAAAUUUUAAAUAAUACAAUAGAAAGCUCCGGUGAUGAGAGUAGCAAUGUUAAAAUAAAUAUAAUAGAUUCAACUAAGAGUGACGACACCAACCUUUCUGACGCUGAAUCGAUCAAACUACCGCCGUUGGAACAUGAUCCUGUAGCACGUAAAGUUGUAAUAGGCGUUGGUGGCGUGGCAUUUAAAGUAACUAAAGGGAAAGAAUUUGAAAACACCUCGUCUUUUCCACCUGGCCGGCUAAUGGAAGACGGUCGCAGAGUAUGUGAUUUCUGUAAUAAGACCUUUACCAAACCCUCACAAUUACGGCUCCAUCUAAACAUACAUUACAUGGAAAGACCAUUUAGAUGUAGCGUUUGUGCGGUUAGUUUUCGAACGAGGGGUCACCUUCAAAAACAUGAGCGCUCAGGGUCUCAUCAUAAUAAGGUGUCUAUGACAUCAACCUUCGGUGCAGCGACAUCUUUUAAUCCCAGACCUUUUCGUUGUUCAGAUUGUAAUAUAGCUUUUAGAAUACACGGCCAUUUAGCAAAACAUCUAAGGAGUAAAAUGCACGUAAUGCGACUCGAGUGUUUAUUCAAACUACCCUUCGGAACGUUUACUGAGAUUGAGCGUGCGGGCGUUAGCUUGACAGACAUCGACACGACGGAUUGUGCCAGUUCUCUAACGAGUCUUCAGUCUCUAGCUAGGAAACUUCACGAGAAGGAUCCCUCUAAAUUGGAAUACCGAGAACCUACAAGCGCGGCGAUGACCGCCGUUUCUACGUGCCGAGAGUCUUCUGAAGAUGACGACGCCAUGAGUUGUGAAAAAUUAUGUGACGAUGAAAAAGACAGUGAAAUAAAGACAGUAGAAAAUAGUGAAAAUCAAAAUAGAGAAACAAGAGUUAUAUAUAGUGCCACGGAUAAUUAGUGCCAAAAUAAAUUAAGUAGGUUAUUUAAUGUGCAAUUUGUUUUUGUUGUUUAUUUAAGAUGUAAUUAAUUAUUAUUGGGGUUUGACUCGGAACUCGAAAGUGUGAAACAGAAUAAUGCGCUUUAAUAUUUAAGUGUACUUGUAUGUAUUUUGUUUCAAUAUAAUUUUGAAUUGUCUUGUAAAUACUUUAAAUAGUUUUAACAUUGUUAAAUUUGCUUCCAUUUUAGGGCUUAAGUAUAUUCGUUAUUACUAGUAAUUUUAAUAGAGAUUUAAAAGAUUUCUUGGAACCUAGACACUACAUCAAAUGAAGUUAUUUACAAACUUCCUAUCAAACAUUAAGAAAAAUACAGAACAUUUUGUGUGGUCCAUUAAAAUAAACGAGUACUUGAUAUAUCAAUGAAACAUAUUACAAAAGCUAAAAAUAUAUAUUCAAGUAUAUCUUGAUAAGUAACCUUUUUGUAUGUAUUUUUAUAAAUAUUAUAGUGAGUAUUUACACUGUAAAAAUAACAACGACUUCCAAAUCAUCUUAUCUUUAUAAAAAUUGGCAUAUCAACUUCCAUAAACGAAAAUUAGAUAUAAACAUACUUGUAGAAAUCCUUGAUGAGUCUUCCAUAUCAAAAAUAGUUCUUGUGCUAGAAAUUUGUUCAUACUAUUUAAUAAUUUGGGUUAAUAUUUGAAAUUUUGGCACCCAAUUUAUAAUUGUUUAAAAUAUUAUAUCAUUAAAUAUUUGCUCGAUAUUAUUAUUCAUCGGGGAGUUUAGGUAAUGUAUACCUUGUACAUAGUUAUUAUGUACGUACUGUAAAUCUGUAUAUCGUGUACCAACGUGAAAGUUUGAAACUAAUGAAUACAUUUGUUAAUAUAUUUUUAAAUGUUUUAAUGGCAUAAGAGAAUUGCGUUAGUUUUAAAUUUUCACUAAUUAAGUAGCAUGUACUCGAAAACAUUAUUGCUUAGUUAUAUUAUUAAUUCCAAAAAUAUCUACUAUGUACUAUAUCAUAUUUUUGUCUCAAGUCAACGUUUUAAAAUGAUAAAUUCAUUAAGUUUGGAUUAAAAUGAUGAGAACUGGGUUUC